UUUCGCGUUUGCAGCCUCUCAGUUAAUGGCCGCAAUCUUCUCCCUGGUCACAUAAACAGAUAUAAACAGACGCUGGGCCGCUGGCUGACGCUUUAAACGGUCGCUAGUUGAAGCUGACGGGAUGCAGCCGGGAAAUGUGAAGGAUUCGGGCCGACUGCUGAAUGAGCUGUUGCUGCAAAGGAAGUGGCUGGGCCUCGGGCUCCUGGUGCUGGCUUGCCUCUUCCUCCAGCUGCUGCUCAACAUCUGGUUGUUAUGUGUUUCGGUGCUGCUGGUGUUACUAGGCGGUUGGUUGGGCUCACAACUGAUGCUCAGCCCCACCAACCUGGUACAUUUGGAGAGGUUUAUCAGGUUGGAGCCCACCCUACCCCAAGCAGACUCUGAAUUGCUGCUGGCCAAGGAGAUCGAAGGCACCGUCACUAAGAUAAUCAGGGAUUUUGUCACGUCUUGGUAUAGGACUGUCAGUAAGGAGCCAGAGUUUGAGAACGAGGUGCAGAGAGCCAUGCAUGCCAUGGCUUUGGAAUUGAAGAGAAGGAUGGAGCAUAUUGACAGGAAGGGACUGGCCCAAAAGAUCCUUAUUUUAUGCAGCUGUCAUCUAGAGAUUUAUAUGAAGGCCAAGAAGACAUCACGUGAGAAGAUAGGCCGCCACCGAGCAGAAGAUAAUCAGUCACUGUGGAAAAUAUAUUGCAAAGUCAAUGACCCUCAUAUAGCACUUCAGAGUCCAGCAACAGAAGUAAAUUAUGCAAGGGGCAUUGUUGAUCUACUUUUGCAUGUGUUAGUGCCCUAUCCCAAUCUAGAAACCAGGACAGGGAGGUUUGUGGUGAGAGAGCUAAUCAUGUGCAAUGUGCUUCUGCCCGUUAUAAACAAAAUGGCAGACCCGGAUUGGAUUAAUGGUAUUAUCAUGGACAUUUUUACAAAAUCCAGCAACAAGACAAUUGAGGUAAUGGAGAAACCUUUACAGCCGAUUGUGCCCACUUCCUUACCCUUGAAACCCCAAAAGGAGUUCAUUGCUGAAUUGGUGCCAACUCCAAAAGCUGAAAACUUUCCUUGUUAUGAUGAUGUUGAUAGCUUGGAAACAAAUGUAGAAGAGACUGAUACAUCAGUAAAUGGAAAUACAAGUAAAUCAAAUGAAAAAUUUGAAAAAUCAUUCGGAAAUGCCAGCAAUGGCUAUGAUCACCAAAGGCCAGACAAACUAAAUCUCUUCUACUCAUGUGAGGAAUUUGAACCUGAAUCACCACAAUCUGAUGUGAGAACGGAUUCCACAGAGUCAUUAACAUUGUUAGCAUCUGAAGAACUGACGGUGGACAGGCUGACUCCAGGGGAACUAGCUAAUAGUUUCGAUGCACCAGAAGAUGCAAGUGGUGAUGAGUUAACUAUAGGAGAAUCCACAAUUUUGGAUACAGAUACAAACUUGCCAUCAUUUGACCAAAAUACAGCUUCUCAUGGACUGGAGCAUGUUGAUGAUGCUAGAAAAGAAGAGACAUUUGGUAAAUUAGCAACAUCCACGACUAUGCUUGCUCAUGAAACAAUCCGAAUUCUUUCUAGCCCACACCCUUUUCAGGACAAGGAGGCUGUUCCAUCAGAUGGAUCAUCCUGUAACUCCUUGGAUAUUGUGUCUACAGGACCUGUGCAUACAUCCUCACCUACUUCAAUAAAUGUGUCUAGUUACAGUUUUGAACCUGUUUGCAGUCCAGACUCACCAGUGGUGAUUCACAAUUUGAGAAUCAGUGGAACAGUCACAGCAAAAGAACACAGAGGAGGGGGAUUUCAUCCUUACACCCUGUACACUAUUAAGUAUGAAACUGCAUUGGACACGGAGAAUCCUGGAACACUCCAGCAGGUGGCGUACCACACUGUUAAUCGACGUUACAGUGAAUUCUUGAAUCUACAAACUAGACUGGAAGAAAAGGCAGAACUACGGAAGCUCCUCAAAAAUGUGAAAGGCCCAAAGAAGCUCUUUCCAGACCUGCCAUUCGGAAACAUGGACAGUGAUAAAGUAGAAGCUCGGAAAAGUCUUCUGGAGACCUUUCUUAAACAACUUUGCGCCAUUCCUGAAAGUGCAUAUUCUGAGGAAAUGCAGGAGUUUCUGGCUCUAAAUACUGAUGCUAGAAUUGCUUUUGUGAAGAAAUCCUUUGUGUCCAGGAUUGACAAGAUUGUUGUCAGUGCAAUAGUGGACACAUUGAAGACGGCAUUCCCACGAAUAGAACCCCAGAGCCCUACUGAAGAUGUGGGAGAAUGUGAGGUAGAAGGAAAAUCUCAAGGGGAUGGAAAGAAAGCAACCAAAUCUCGUCUGAGGUUUACUUCCAGUAAAAUUGCUCCAGUACUGAAUGUUGGUGACAUUCAAGAAAAAGUCACUUACUGCUAUAAUGAGAACAAUUUACCAGAUGGCCUCAGCAUAACUAGCAUGAAGGAUUUCAUCUUAGAAAAAGAGAAACUGCUAAAAAAAACACAAAUUAAUUUGAGAGUGAAAGAGUCCAAAGGAGUUGCGGCCGUUGCAAAUGAUUAUGCAGUCAAGAAACCGCAGGGCAAUGCACCUUCCUCUUCUCAUCAAGAUUUGAAUUCAGGUUCUGAAACAGCUUUGGCAGAUGUAGCACUGGAUCUCCUCUGUUUACUGAUGAAAGAUCACUGGAGCUGGCUGUGCACUGAGAACGUGCAAAAAGUAAUCAGGCUGUUGUGUGGGACCUUGAUAGAAAGGUGGCUCGAGGUCCAGAUCAUUAAUCUGACUUGUGCUCAACACUGGGUUGUGUACCUCAGACUUUUGCAGGAAGCUAUCUGGCCUGGAGGAACAUUACCUAAAUUUCCGAAGUCAGUCAGAACACAAGAACAGAAAGUACAGACCAAGGAAUUGGCUUUCCAGUGUCUAAUGAAAAUGCUGCCAGCUCUGGUUCCUGAAAUUCUUGGUGAGGAGGGUUACAAGAAAAGUUGGCAACUAGUGUUGGAGUCUCUGCAAGAUCCCAUGAUAAACAGACAUCUGGUCUACUGCAUCUGGGAUCUACUGCUAGAGUUCCUGAUCCCAGAAGCUUCCAGUGAGGAAUUUCAAAAGUCUUUGCUUUCCUGUGCUUCUGGCAGUUCUGAGAAGUUACUGGGCUGAGGUCAAGAAGUAAUCGCCAUGCAGUGACUGAAUACAAAGGAAAUGUGUCACAAAAGUAUCAUAUAGACAUCACUACCAGAGAUCAGAUAAAACAAAGUAUAACAACAUAUUUUUGCACUACAGUGUGCAAGAAAACAUCCUAUCUUAAUUUUGUACAUGUCAUCUUCAGAUACGUAAUAAAAUGACUGCAUAUAAUAAUAGACUAUUUAUUGGAAGUCUGUAAUGCAUGAUCAGACAUCAUCUUGCGCUGCUUUGACCUUUGUUCAUCAGAUAUGAUCUGAAGUUGUUAAUAUAAGGUGUACUGGCCAUCUUGAGUAGAGAGUAGGUGUUUUUGAGCAGAUGUACAAAGAAAUUCAAAAUGAUUAGAAUGUUGAAUAUUGCAGUAAAAUGAGACACAGCUCUCCUGCAAACGUGAGUUUUAAAAAGGUCUGGAUUCAUUCAAUGUUUUAAAAGCCUUUGACAAAACUUUCUGCAACAAUCUUCUAAACCUUCCACCUAACAAGUCAACCACAUUUAUACCUUUUGCUGCUUUUAUUAUGGCUGUGCCAACAAGGCCAAUCUCCACAACUGCACUAAUUAACACUAUUUAUUCAUCUGUAUCUAAAAUAGAGAUACAAGCACUGAAUGGCACAAUGUGAAUUUAUUACUUAGCACUUAAGAGUGUUGCAAGGGCUGGAGAUUUGUCAGACUUAUUCCAGCUGUGAUUACAUGAGAGUUCCACAGACAUACCAUGGGAAUUUGUUUAUGUUGUUAAGUGGAGAAUCCAUUGUAUUUUAAGCAGAGUAACCGCAUGGAAAGGGAGUAGGUCUGAUAAAUUUUCUGGCCAAGCCACUGAAGAUCUAAAGCUGCACUCCAUCCUCAUUAUAACUUGGUGCCUGAUAACUGUGCAUUUCAGUGAUGAAUUUGCUAUAAUAUGGCUUUAAAUGAUUUAAAUUUAAAUUUAAACAAGAUAUCAAAAUCAAGUUCCAAUUUGUUUUCGCUGGGAGAUGGUUGGAAUGAAAGCUUUACUUACAGCAGCCUUGUUUCAAUGCUACAUAAUUUCUUUGUUGAACCACAUGAACAUUUUGCACAUUUCAUGUUUAAAUAUAGAAGCUGAAGUUCUAGGUGUGUGUUUUAUAUUGCUUGGAGUAUACCUCCUGAAGUAUUAAGGACUGUGUGUUGUUGAUCAUGAUAGUACUUUGGCUGAAAACUAAUCAGUCAUUUUAAGUAAUAUAUGAAGAUGUGCUGCUGUUUACUCAUUGCACCAAAAUUGAUAUUCUCCAUAAUAGAUGAUGACAUUUGUUUUGUAUGUGUGUGUAUUAUAUGUAGAUUUUAUGUGUACAACAGGCUGGAUUGACUGGUUGAUCUUGUCUCGCCUUUUCAGUUCUUCAUAUGCCCAUCUGCUGUAGCAGUCAAAAUGAAUGUUGCUUAUUUUAUUAACUAGUUAUUUAAAAAUGUGAAUAAACUUGAAGUUGGAAAAAGGUACCUUAAUUAAAUUCUGUGUUAGAUUUUAGAAGUUGCCUUUGUAGCCCAACAAACUAUGUUCUCUUAUGAAAAAUAGUGCCUAUCAUCCAAUCAUAAAUAAAAUAUUCAUCCGCAGUCUCCUCUUUAUUAAUUAUUCCCUAUAUCAGCUCAUUUUCUUGAAAUUAACUGUCUUCAACAUGUUAAGUAUCAAGUCUCAAGGUAAUUGUGUCAAAAACAGCGAGUUUCAAAUAUGCAGAAAUGUGUUCUCCAAGUUCUGGAAACUUCAAAGUAUUUCUUGGCUCUCCCUUAUUAAAAGAAAAAAAAACCUUUACUUCUUCCAUAUGUGUUAAAACCCAGAUACUCAAAAUUGAGACUCAUACACUCAAAAAUCCAUGCUAUUAAGAGCAGCAAAUAACAACUGACUCCCUGUUUUCUACUAUUCUCUCACCUGAUCCUUUUCUUGUCCUAAAUUCCAUCUGUUUCGGUCCAUUGUUCUGCCCAAGCGUUAGCCUCGGCUCUGUACGUUUCCUGAGUUGGAACAUUGAUUAUUGUUAAAAUGCUGCUCUCUGGUCUAAACCAAUCCCUCAAAGAGCAAUAUUCCUCCAAGCCCAAAGGGUGUAAGUGGUUUUAUGACUUCACGUAUGGAGUACACAAAGCUUAUUUCAAUGACGGAAGUUUUAUUUCUGUGAUCAAUACAGCAUUUUUUGCUUAAAAUGGGCAUCAUUUUGACCAAGUCAUAUGUUUAAUUGCCUGAUGUUUCAUUCUUCCAACACGUUAUUCUUGCAAAGAAUAUUAAAUUCCAAGGCAGAACUAAAGCUUGAAACAUUAAAGCCCACAGCGAAAGGCUUCAAAAUGUUGUUUUCUGUUAAGAGAAUAGGUUAAACAGAAUUGUAUUCAUAUUUAAGGAGGAGGAAAUUUGUUCAGAUAUCAUGUUUGAUAUAAAUAUAAUUUGAUGAACUAUAUCUAUAUUGUUGUAGUGCAUUGUAUUUGGUGAAAAGCAAAGGCCCUUUACAGUGCAUCUGAUUGACACUUUUCUGGUUGAGCAUUAGGGAACUCCAUACUGGCAGAUGUACGUGGUGUUUUUGAAAGCACUGAUGUUUCACCAAAGUGACACUUCAGUUAGACGUCUCUGUUAUCUGCCAGAAUAAUGUCAGGUAACCAUGGAUCUGUUGUAUGUUUGCAUAAAUAGUGUAUGUUUGACUGUAACUGUACUUUGUUGUCUGAAACGUUUAAGCGCUCACUGAGAGAUCCGAGUUGUAAAAUGCAAUAUUGCUGUUUCUAAGAAUUGUGAACUUGCCAAACAUAAAACAUAGUUGACUUCUUAACGUUAAAUUAAUGGGGUCUGUUUUAACUGCUCCUGCUUGGAGCGAAACUGACAACAGCAGAUUCGAUGCACAAUUUACAACCUUCCCGUUGAAGUCAAUAGGAAGGAAAAUGAAGCAGAAUGUAAAACAGGUGGUAAGGCCAUUGUCACCCACUUCCCACUCAGUAAGAACAGUUAAAAUUGAUCUCAAAAUCUUUUUUGCUCAAAAUCUGAGUACUUCCAUGAUUUAUAACACCUAACUGUCUGUAGAGGUAUGUAUGGAGGAUUCUGCAGUAGAAUUUUGUAAAAUAUGAUGU